UUUAAUUCCUUCUCUAUGGAAGGACUCAAUCAGUCAGGUGACGCUGACGUCAGCAGACUCCUCCUGCAGGGGAAUCCCCUCAUACAAAGCAAGCUCCACGCUGGAGUUUUUCGUUUGAAGCCAGUUUGUGAGUGUGCGCGUUGUUUUGGUUUGAUUCGGGUUUUGUGCGAGACACUCGCAACUCCUCACGGCAAGACUCUUACAAGAGCAACGAAAAAACUGUUUGGGGAGAGGAGGUCGGUGAAGUUAAUUUUUGCCAGUAUAUCCGCAACUCUAAUACAGGCCAUGGAAGAAAGUCAAGAAUUUGCUGAACUGUGGCAGCGAAACCUCAUUUCCUCUCCGGAUGGAGGCACUGGCUGGGACUUAAUCAAUGAUGAGCAGUAUCUUCCAGGCUCUUUCGACCUGAAUAUAUUUGGAAAUGUGCUGACUGAACAGCCACAGUCCUCCACCUCCCCUCCGACCGCCUCUGUUCCUGUUGCCACUGAUUAUCCUGGGGAACAUGGCUUCAAACUGGGCUUCCCGCAAUCUGGCACCGCCAAGUCUGUCACCUGCACGUACUCGUCUGACCUGAAUAAGCUCUUUUGUCAACUGGCAAAAACGUGUCCAGUUCAAAUGCUGGUGGAUGUUGCCCCUCCCCAGGGCUCGGUGAUCAGAGCCACAGCCAUAUAUAAGAAGUCCGAACAUGUGGCUGAGGUGGUCCGUCGAUGUCCCCACCAUGAGAGAACCCCAGAUGGCGAUGGAUUGGCUCCUCCUGCUCACCUUAUCCGAGUGGAAGGAAACUCACUUGCUGUUUACAAAGAGGACGACAUAACCCACAGGCACAGUGUGGCGGUUCCCUAUGAAGCUCCUCAACUGGGAGCAGAAUGGACAACUGUUUUAUACAAUUUCAUGUGCAAUAGCAGUUGCAUGGGUGGCAUGAACCGCCGACCCAUCCUCACAAUCAUCACUCUGGAGACUCAUGAAGGUCAGUUGCUGGGCCGCAGGUCUUUCGAGGUGCGUGUGUGUGCGUGCCCAGGCAGAGACAGGAAAACUGAGGAGAACAACUUCAGGAAAGACCAGGAGACCAAAACCUCGGGCAAGACCCCUUCUACCACCAAACGCAGCAUGACUAAAGAAUCCUCUUCAUCCACACCUCCACCUGAGGGCAGUAAGAAGGCCAAACUGAGCGCGAGCAGUGAUGAUGAGAUCUAUUACCUGCUGGUCAGAGGUAAAGAAAGAUACGAAAUGUUAAAGAAGAUUAAUAACGGUUUGGAAUUGAGCGACAUGGUACCUCCAGCUGAUAUGGACAAAUACCUUCAGAAAUUGUAAGGCAAGAAGGAGAAGGAUGGACAAACACCUGAGCCCAAAAGAGGCAAAAAACUAAUUGUUAAAGAUGCAAAAAGUGAUUCUGAUUAGGAUGGUGGGAUGCUGAACAAAAAAAGAAAUCAAUAGUUACGUCUUUUUUGACUGCCUUUCUUUUGCCUUUGACCAAAGCAGCUUGUCAUAGGGAGCUUUUGAUGAACUGUGGGUCAAUGAUCCCUCAGUCCUGUAUGUCAUUUUUUUUUAUCUUUUUCACUCCACCGGGACCUUUAUAAGUCAGCUGAUCCAGAAUGAGGCUAGUAAUUGCAGGGUGUUGUAGGGUUCGUACUUAAUCGCACUGGAGGAGCAAUACUGACCCAUCAUUUUGCAAACCCGACAAGUGAAUGUCCAGCAGUAAUUUUUAACAAUGUUGGGUUUUUCCUGUUGUAGGUCAGUGCAGGUCACUUACCUCUCAACAUGUAGUUUCUGCUCUCUGAUAAGACUAUAAAUUUGUCACUGACUUACUGGAUGCCCACUCUGUUGAAAAUGUAUUAAUGCCAGUAUUUUGUAACCUUUUGUGUAACCAGGUUUUUUUAUGAAGGCUAUUACUAAUUAGAUUAAACCAGCAGAAAUGGUUACAAGCCAAAUAAUUAUUAUAAAAUUCUUGAAACAAAAUGAUAGUAACACUGUUUUGUAUUUGGAAUCCCUUUUUAUUAGGUUAAUGUCCGUUGAUAUUCAUAAGCAAAUGAAAUCGACAAGAACUCAGGGCAUGUUUGAGUCCUUCCUGUUAAUCUUGAGAAAACUAUUUAACUGUUCCAAUUUGAUCUAUAUUUUAUGCU